CUAUGAGCGAAAUAUGGCUUGCUGCACAUGCUGACCCUGUGGCAAAUAUCCACACUUUUCAGUCAUGCAUGACUCUUUCUAAUGUUUAUGGACAAACCAACCAUCAAUGUGUUAUUGCUGAUAAUGGGGAUCUCUCUUGGCCUCCCAAACUGAAGGUGUACAACGGAACAACCCUGUCUUACGAUGGCAACAUCGUGGAAACCCCUACUGCAAUAGUAUCAUUUCAUGUUGACACAACAGAGCCUCGAAUACCUGCUAUCGCUAUGGCUGCUGGUCCCUACAUCUACGUAUACAAGAACAUUAGGCCUUACUUCAAGUUCACUGUCCCUUCCCUGGACAUCAAUCAGCUGGAGCAAGAUCUAUGGAACCAGGCCAAGGCGGAUAAAAUAGACGUGCAAAUGCUGCACGACAUGUUAGACAGUAUAAAAAGUGAUUCUGACUCUGUUCCCCUGACGCCCUUGUCCACAAAGUUCCUCCAGACAGCCCCACACCAACGCAGUCACUUUGUUUCUGUGUACCGUGAAAAUCCUCUCAAACGACAAACCGUUAUCACUGCUCUGGAAACGCUGAAAAAAUCUCACCCAGACGACGAUGCUAUAAGCUGCCUUAUCAUAGGGACGGAAAACAAGGACAUGUACAUUCUUGACCCUGAGGCGUUUACCGUCCUUGUCAAGCAAUCCCUUCCUUCUCAGCCAGUUUUCUUGAGAUCUACUGGGCUGUACGAUGUGGACUACAGGAUUCUGGUUGCCUGCAGAAACGGGAACAUUCUGGUGAUGAAGAAAGGUGCAAAUAGUCCUAAGUUUUGCAUAACACUUAACAGUCAUCCUAUUGGUAUUGAAAGGAUCGGUAAGAACAUAGUAAUCGCAACAAUGGAUAAGAACUUGAUGUGUUACAACAACAAGAUAAAGAAUCUGUGGAGCAUUCCAAUACCUCACAAUAUAACUUGUUUGGCUGGCAUGGAUUUUAAGGCUAAAACCUUUAAAGGGGUCCUGGUAGGCAUGGAUAACAGCGAAGUACGAGUGUACAGGGAUAAAUUCCUGGUGGAUACGAUGACUGUACCUGACAUACCUGCUAUGAUGCAGUUUGGUAAAUACGAUCGGGAGGAAUCAACUCUGAUCGUCAUUACCAAAUCAGGUGGUCUUCACAUCUUUAUCUUGAAAAGGAACGUUGAUUUGUCUCAAGGGUUAGCCAGCGCAAGUAUGGGACCGUCACCCAAGCAGUUUCAAAAACUAAAUGUUCCUCGGAAAACUAAAACUUUUGUUGACCAAACGUUGAGGGAGCGUGAACAUGGUGUUGCGAUGCACCGACAGUUCCAGCACGAUCUAUACAGAUUGCGCCUGACUACAGCACGCAACUUUGCUGAAGCGCUGCAAAAGAAGAUGAUGCCCAUAUCGAGCAGCAACUUUGCACCUCUGAAGCUGUCUGCCAAUGUGCAAGGAAUUGGCCCCAUGUUCCGACUCACAAUCGAAGUAAUGAACACGUCAACAAGCCACCCUAUCCUGGGGGCCUACGUUGUCUUGGUGACAAACGACACCCUCUACGUCCUAGAGAAGUGUUAUAUUAGCUUGCCUUUGCUAGUUCCCUCUCUUACAUACACUGUUAACACUAUGGUUAGGUGCACUUCUGAUCAAGGAAUCACCGAUGCUAUCAAUGUUUUUGUUUACAUUAAAGGAAAGUGUUCCCCAGUUCUCACUGCGAUUAUCGACAUGCCCGCGAGUGAAUCAAUGAUUGUUGUAUAGAAUAUUGUUGACGUUUGACUGACAACAAAUUUUCAGAAAUCCUAAUUAUAAACCAACUGGAUUGGUGUAUAAAUUGUGUAUAAUAUUAUGUAUCCUUUGUGUACAGCCAUGUAUAGACAUCUAUUUAAGCUCACUUCUUUUUCCAUUACAUCAAUGUUGAUUAUUGCUACUUGCUUCGUGUUA